AUGAAGUUCGUCUCCUACGAGAUCGACGAAAACCAGCUCUCUCAGGCCCUCUUCUACGAGUCCAUCUACAUGCUGGAAGGAACCGAGUCUGAUGGCUGGGUGAUGACGGAAGCACCGAUGCAACCGAACCUGGCCAGUGGCGAGUGGGUGCCCUACCGUUCCUACAUGAACAAGAGCCACCUCGUCCCCGUCGCCUCCUUCCCGUCCUACAACCUGGUCGUGGUCAACAACGUCGCCGAGGUCUAUGGACGCGAGUGUCAUCUGACCGGCUGCCUGCCCAGCGACGUGAAGCUCGAGGUGGUGGUCGCCACCUUCUUGGAAGGCAUCUCGCACUCCGAUGGCUGGUGGAAGAUCAGAAUGCCCUUCGGCACCAAGUCCUUCGGCUGGAUCAGGGUGAGAGACGUACACCCCCUGUCCGAGCAGCCCAAGGGCAAGGAGCUCCGCCACGCGCUCGUGGAGCGGAGCAAGCAGCUUCUCGGCUGGUACUACUUCUGGGGCGGUCGCUCGGCUUUCGUCAAGGACCUGUGGAACGAUAAGGUGAUCCUCACCGGCGUCGACUGCUCCGGCUUGGUGGGCACGAUCUACAAGUCCCACGGCAUCCUGCUUCCUCGCGAUGCUGACCCCAUGUUCCGCAAGAGCCAAAACGUGACCGACCCGACGGCCCUCCUGCCCGGCGACCUCUUCUUCUUCGCCCCCACCGGCCGCCCAACCGUCCACGUCACCCACGUGAUGAUGUACAUCGGAGGCGACAAGCUGGUCGAGAGCUCCGUCCCCUCGUUCGAGAACAACUCCACCCGCAUCGUCACUCUGCGCGAGAGGUUUGGCUAUGACCUCCAGGAGCUCAAGUGGGGUCUCUCCGCCAAGACGAACGGCGACCUCAUCUUCUGGGGCCGCAUGCUGGAGGACAGCAAGAUCUAA